AUGGAGCUAAUUCUUCGAUCGGCAGGAGUUUCUGAUUUUGAACCAAAGGUUGUUCAACAAUUGUUAGAGUUUACUCACCGGUACACAAUAGAUGUUAUUCAAGACGCUGCAGCCUACGCUGAACACACCGGAAAAAAUGAUAUAGAUGAUGAUGAUAUUAAGCUAGCGAUACAAGGCCGCAUUAACCACUCGUUCAUUCAUCCUCCACAACAAGAGGUUCUAACUACUCAAAAAUGGUUUUUGACUCAACUUGCAAAAGAACAAAAUAAAGAACCAUUACCCCAAGUACCUUUAAGAUAUGGUUUACGAUUACCACCUGAACGACAUUGUUUGACUGCUAUGAAUUUCAAAAUUGUACCUGAGCCACCAGCAUUACAACAAUUCAUACAGGAAAAUCCUGUUAUAUCUUCUCAAUCUGAGACUUCUCAAAACAUUCCUGUCGAGACUGAUGAUAACAUGAUGGAAAUUCAACCUUAUAACGAUCAUCCAAUUGCUCCCUCAACUACUACUCAAGACAACUCAUCAAAUGAUGGAGAAACUGACUAUGAUAUGCCAGAUGUAGAGUCUCCUGAUCUAAC